AUGCUCCCCGAGAGUCGCAGCUUCGGCUUCCCUCCGUUCGAUCAGUAUUGGUCGAGAGGCGGAGGAACCUGCAGCAACAAGAGGCGCGGAAAUAUGUACAUCCUAGUAUCGUUGGUCCUGAUCCUCCUGCACCUGCUGCUGCUGCCCAUCUACUUGUAUCUCACCUGGCACCACAAAUACUGGCGCAAGCGCGGUCUGAUCACAGCCCGUCCAUUGACCCUGCUGGGCACUUAUCCCGGUUUGCUCACCAGGAAGAGCAAUUUGGUCGAGGAUGUGCAGAAGAUCUACGACAAAUACAAGGGCAAACAUCGAGCUGUGGGCGUUUUUGUAACCCGUCAGCCGCAAAUUCUGGUUCUCGAUCCGGAAUUGGCCCAUGAAGUGCUGGUCGGCAAUUUUCGCUGCUACAAGGACUCGCUGACCAGUUCGUAUAUAAGGCAUGCCAAAUGGGACAAGUACGCCCGGCGUAAUCCAUUCUGGGCAUCGGGACGAUCCUGGCGGAGUCUUCCCUCAGAUGCUCAGGCGGGACUAACGGGAAAUCGCCUAAAACAGGCCUAUAACAUCUGGGAGCAGGGUGGAAAAAUGCUUACAGACUAUAUGACCCAGCAGGUGACGGAGAAAAAUAAUAUCCUAGAGACCAGAGAUCUCUGCUUUCGCUAUACGGCCCAUGUAAUGGCUGAUUUCAUCUGGGGCAUCGAUGCUGGAACCCUAACACGACCCUUGGAGCAGCCCAAUAAAGUGCAAGAGAUGGCCAGCAAGUGGACCAGUUAUUGCUUCUAUAUGCUAUCUAUUUUUAUGGCCUCCAUUGUGGCACCCUGCAGUCGCCUGCUGCUGCGUUUCCGUUUCUAUCCCAAGGAAACCGAUGAGUUUUUCUCCAAUCUAACCAAGGAAUCGAUUGAGUUGCGACUGAAGGGCGGUGGUGAUUCCCCGCGAACGGAUUAUCUGUCACAUUUGCUACAGCUUCGUGACCAAAAACAGGCCAGCCACGAUGAUCUGGUGGGUCAUGCGUUGACUGUGAUGCUAGAUGGAUACGAUACCACGGGAACGGCUCUCCUCCAUGCUCUAUACUAUUUGGCUGAGAAUCCGACUGUUCAGCAGAAGCUGCGAAAGGAAAUCCUCAACAGUGUGGAAUCAGAAAAGAAUCUUGACUUUGACAAGCUAAGUUCUUUGCCCUAUUUGGAGCAAGUUGUCUACGAAUCUCUUCGACUCAGCAGUUUGAUACCGCAGUAUACAAAAGUCUGUACAUUUCCCACCAUUAUUCAGCUAAAUGAAUUUAAACGUCUGGAUGUUGAAGAUGGCAUGACGAUCAUGAUUCCGAACUAUCAGUUUCAUCAUGAUAAACAAUACUUCCCCGAUCCCGACGCCUUUAAACCCGAACGUUUUGAUAAUGGUGCAUAUCAGGAAUUAAUGAGGAAGGGUAUAUUUCUUCCGUUCAGUGAUGGUCCGCGUAUUUGCAUGGGCAUUCCAUUGGCUUUACUGACCUUGAAAUCAGCUAUAGUUCACAUUCUCAGCGACUUUCAAGUGGUGCGCGGAAAGGAACGAUUGACUCCCAAGGGAGAUUCCGGAUUUGGAGUCGUUCUGCAGGGAGAUGUUAACCUGGAAUACCGGCGGUUUUUGAGAUAG